AUGCUAACAAUAAAAGCAUUACUUGAUAGAAGGACGAUGCUAUUUAGAGCUAAAGUGAUGAAUGCAAAGACAGGUAGUUUAAUGCAAAAAAUAGUGAAGAUAAAUUAUGAGAAUGAACUAGGGUGAGAAAGUAGAUGCAGGUGCAUUAUGGAGGAUUAUGGCCUGAAAGACUGUGCAGGGCUGGGCCCAAUGGGUUUGGAAUCGUGGAAAAGUAUGUGCAAAGAACCAUCUGGAGAGUUGACAGGGAGAGAUGCAUGAGCAGGCUGCAAGAGGAAACAUGAAAGGCCACAUCAUUAUUCUGAGAUAUAA